ACAUAUACACUAUGUUGCCAAAAGUAUUGGGACACCCUUCGAAAUCAAUGGAUUCAGGUGUUCCAUUCACCUCCAUUGCCACAGGUGUAUAAAAUCAAGCACCUAGGCAUGCAGACUGCUUCUACAAACAUUUGUGAAAGAAUGGGUCGCUCUCAGGAGCUCAGUGAAUUCAAGAGUGGUACCGUGAUAGGUUGCCACCUGUGCAAUAAGUCCAUCUGUGAAAUUUCCUUGCUAUUAAAUAUUCUACGGUCAACUGUUAGUGGUAUUAUAACAGAGUGAAAGCAAAUGGGAACAACAGCAUCUCAUCCACGAAUUGGUAGGCUACGUAAAAUGACAGAGCGGGGGCAGAGCAUGCUGAAGCGCACAGUGCGCAUAAGUUGCCUACUGUCUGCAGAGGCAAUAGCUAAAGACCUCCAAACUUCAUGUGACCUUCAUAUUAGCACAACAGUGUGUAGAGAGUUUCAUGGAAUGGGUUUCCAUGGCCGAGCAGCUGCAUCCAAG